AUGUUGAAGCUAUUCAUGGAUCUUUUUUGGAUGUUGAUCCCUUGGAUCCAAAAUAUUCUAGUGUAUGUUAUAUCUUACUUGAUCCAUCAUGCUCCGGUUCAGGAAUCGUAAAUAGAUUGGAUUAUUUGAUUGAUGAAUCCGACGAUGCUCAAGAACACUCGGACCUUUCUCACAAAUCUAAGGAACAGCGUCUUGAAAAUUUAAGCGAAUUUCAAGAAAAGAUAAUUUUGCAUGCCCCAAAGUCUCUUAAUCUAAUUGAUAAUAAUAAUUUUGCUGUUACAAAUGAUUCAGAAGCUGCAGAAAAGUUAAUUCGCGCAAGUCCAAAUGAGGACUUUACAAUUGGUUUUUUCGUUGCAUGUUUUGUUCGUAAAGCCACACAACUGGUCAAUACUGAGACUGACAGUGGCCUAAAAUCUAGGAAGCGAAAACGUAAAAAAGAUAUCACAAUAAUCAAAAUUAAAGAUGAUGAUGAAUGGAGGGUUAGUAUUUUGAAUGAUAAUUCAUUGGUAUCAAAAAAAUCCGCGAAAAAACAACGGAAAGAGGAUAAUGCUUCUCGAUCUAAUUAA